AUGCAAACUUUUAGUAAUUGUUAUGUUCCAAAUAUAAACUUGAAUAUUGCUGGUGGAGCGGGUUUCAUUGGGAGCCAUUUAGCUCGUCGAUUAAAACAAGAUGGUAAUUAUGUUAUCUGUGCUGAUUGGAAACGAAAUGAAUAUUUGCAAGAAGAGACAUUUUGUGAUGAGUUUUUACAUAUGGAUCUUCGUGUACUAGACAAUUGCCUAUUAGCAACCAAGUCUUGCGAUUGGGUGUUUAAUUUGGCAGCUGACAUGGGAGGAAUGGGCUUCAUACAAUCCAAUCAUUCAGUAAUCCUGUGUAAUAAUAUGAUGAUUUCAUUUAAUACAAUGGAGGCUGCCAGACGAAAUGGUGCGAAAAGGUUCUUUUUUGCUUCUUCUGCAUGUGUCUAUCCAGAGCACAUACAAACAGAAGAAAAUGUUGUAGGACUGAAAGAAGAUGAUGCGUGGCCAGCAAAACCACAGGAUGCCUACGGUUUGGAAAAAUUAGUUUCAGAAGAAAUUGCCUUGCAUUACGCCAAUGAUUUUAAAACCAUAGAAACAAGAAUCGGCCGAUUCCAUAAUAUCUAUGGUCCCCAUGGCACAUGGAAGGGCGGACGAGAAAAAGCUCCAGCCGCAUUUUGUCGUAAAGUGCUCGUUGCAUUUGAAGGCGAAAACAAGGGCAGAGUUGAGGUUUGGGGAGAUGGGAAACAGACGCGCUCGUUUUGCUAUAUCGAUGACUGUGUUCAAGGAAUAUUAAGACUGAUGCAAUCAAAUUACCCACAACCAUUGAACAUUGGAUCCGAUGAAAUAGUUUCUAUUAAUGACAUGAUUGGUUAUAUAGCUGAAAUUGACCAAGUCUCUGUGCAACUCAAUCAUAUUCCAGGACCCAUGGGUGUGAGGGGAAGAAAUUCCGACAAUCGUUUGAUAAAGAAAGUGUUGGGAUGGGCGCCAACGACAACGUUAAAAGAAGGGCUGAAAGCUACCUACAAGUUUAUAAAACAUGAACUAGAAAUAGAAAAAUCAAAUGCAAUUGAUAUUAGUGCCUAUGCAGUAUCGUCGAUCGUGAUACAAACGAUCCAUACAUUAUAA